GGAGCGACGGAGGGCGCCAUCUUGGCGGUACUGCGCCGCGAGCUGCGGGGAGCGGCGCUCGGCGCGGAGGCUGUCCCGGCGGCCUGUCCGUUAAGUUGAUUUUACAGAAUUUAUCAGGUCUUCCAAGCAGAAACAGGUGAUUUUUGCUGUGGGUUGAGCUCAGCAUGGCUGUAGUCAUCCGUUUGCAGGGGCUUCCUGUUGUUGCGGGUCCUGCAGAUAUCCGUCGUUUCUUCUUGGGAUUGAAUAUUCCCGAUGGAGGUGUGCAUAUUAUUGGAGGAGAAAUUGGGGAGGCUUUUAUUAUAUUUGCGACAGAUGAAGAUGCACGGCGUGCCAUGAGCUGUUCGGGAGGGUUUAUCAAGGACUCGCGCAUAGAGCUCUUUCUCAGCAGCAAGGCAGAAAUGCAGAAUACCAUAGAAAUGAGCCGGAAGCGAUUUGACCGUGGGGGACGAGAAGCUAUGCCUGGGUCUAGACGAACAGGUCCUAAUGGUUCUGGUGGAUCAGGUGUUGGAGAUGUUCCACAUUUAGUUGCAGCAUUUACAAAAGGGAUAAAUAAACCUGGUUACGGUCCACCAAAUCAUCCAGAGGCUGGCUUCCACACCAAUGGCACGAGACAAGGUGAUGUAGGUAUGCCUAAAUCAGGCUAUCAGUCAAGAAAGGAUUCUCAUGCAUUUAACCCAGAUGAUCUUUACUUAUUUCUACGUGGUAUACCUUAUUCUGCAACAGAAGAUGCAGUACGCGAUUUCCUUUCUGGGAUACGUGUGGAUGGAGUCAUUCUGAUUAAGCAUCGUAAUGGUUUAAAUAAUGGUAAUUGCUUGGUAAAAUUUGCUACACCUGGUGAUGCCUUAGAAGGACUUAAACGGCACAGACAGUAUAUGGGUCAGAGGUUUAUAGAAAUAAGUCCAACUACAGAGGAACGGUGGAUAGAAUAUGGUGGGAGGGUAGACAUGCCAAAUGAAAUGGAUCACUUUUUAUGCAAAGAACAUUCUCCAAGAAGUUCGGGCUACAUGCAUGCAAGGAAACAUUCUCAUUCAAGAUCACCUAGGAGACAAAGAACGCGGUCUCGAUCACCUUCUGGCCAGGAAUAUUACAUACACUUAAGGAAUCUAUCAACUAAUGUGGAGAAGAGAGAUUUGAGAGAAUUCUUCCCUGAUCUGGAUAUAAGCAACAAACAAAUAAAGAUUUUAUCAGAAAAGCAUCAGAGGAGGACUAGAGAUGCCUUUGUAAUGUUAAGGAACGAGAGAGAUUAUCAGGCUGCUUUGGAAUGUCAUAGAAAGGUUCUUCUCAAUCGUUCUGUUUACAUUUUUCCAAUUUCAAGAAAGUCAAUGUUGAAAAUGCUUGAUUCUUACGAAAGGAAAAGAUCACAGGAAAGAGGUCAUCCUGGACAGGCCAUAACAGAAAAAAGUUAUCGGGAAGGUCAUUCUGGCCUGAAGAUGUGUGCUUAUGUAAGGAAUUUUCCAUUUGAUGUGACCAAAGUUGAAGUGCGAAGGUUUUUUGAGAGGUUUGAUAUUGAUGAAGAUGAUAUUUACUUGCUCUAUGAUGACAAAGGAGUUGGGCUGGGAGAGGCAUUAGUGAAGUUUAAAUCUGAAGAGCAAGCAAUGAAAGCAGAAAAUUUAAAUCAUCAAAGGUAUUUGGGAACAGAGGUAUUACUAAGACUUAUAUCUGAAGAGCAGAUGCAGAAGUUUGGUGUAACCGCUCCAUUCUCUACGCCCAAUGAAAUGCAGGGUCAUUCACAUGCGUAUAACAGAGGUGAGCUGUCCCGUCCGGUCGGCUCACCUGGACCACCACAAGGGCCACCCAUGCAUUCAUUUGGUCCCCCUGGGAACUUCAGGCAUCCUUCUGAAUUUAGGCACCCCCCUGAGAAUUUCAUGGGCCCUCCUAAGGAUUUUAGAGGUCCACCGCCCCUCAUGGAUUUUGGUGGUGACAGCAAACCUUUUGGCAGAAUGGAAUUUGGGAAUAAUAAAAUGGGAAAUUUUCCUGAAGGAAGAUUUAUGCCGGACCCAAAUUUCAGUGGUGGUUCUGACCGGAUUGUUCCUAUCCGCUUAAAAAACUUACCUUUUAAAGCGACUCCUAAUGAGAUUCUGGAUUUUUUCUAUGGCUACAGAGUUAUACCAGAGUCAGUUUCUGUACAGUACAAUGAACAAGGAUUACCUUCAGGUGAUGCCAUCGUCGCUAUGACAAACUAUGAGGAAGCUAUGACUGCUAUUAAUGAAUUGAACGAUAGGCCAAUUGGUCCACGGAAGGUUAAGUUGAGUUUGCUGUAAAGGAAGUAAAGAUGCUCUAGAAUAAAACAUUAUAGAUUUGACAGUAUUGACGGUUACAUUCACUUUUUUAAUUACUAGAAGAUGCAGAAGAAACGGUUUCCAUCAACGGUUGUAAAUAGUAUCUAAUUCGGUUAAAUUCCUGGUUAAAAUAUCUGUAUUGUUAAGAUAUGAGAAAUAUAUAGUGCCUACUUCUUACAACAGAGAAGAGCUUCAAAGUUCUGGAGGACAUUCAGUAUCUUACGUCGAGGUAUAAAAGCAUGGAGUUUUAAUGUUUUUUUAAAGGAAAAAAAUGUUGGGUUGUUAUGUUUAUUUUUUUAGUUUGCUUUAAUUCCUUGUUCUCUGACUUUGCAUCAGAUAAAACUGUAAGUGUUGGUUGGAUGACCAUGCACAGUUCAAAUAGAAAAACUUUAGCGCUACCUGCAUUAGUAAUAACAGUUCUUAUUGAGGUUAGCUUAAUAAAACUAAAAAAUGACUGUUUUUUUUUUUUUUUUUUUUUUUUUGGUAUAAGCUGUUCAGUUUUACGUGGUUGCAGGCAUCACUAUUAGAAGAAAAAAGAUCUUCCUGUUCACAUUAGCUGGGUUUGCUGGCUAUUCAACUUUUUUAAAUAAAAAAGAAAUUGCUAUUAAGUGUCUGUCCUACUUAAAAUUUGUAUGGUUACUGAUCUCAGCUAUUUCUCAGUGUAUGUGGAUCUUAGUGAGAAUGAUCCUGGCUGCUUUCUGUGGAAAGACUGAUCUGUUACCAUUUGCCAACAUAGCGGUGAAUAUAUGGUUUAUAAAGACUCCAAAAAUCUAUACAAACCAGGUUGAUAGGCUUUCUCUUCACUCAAUGUAGUUAUACCACUGAGGCAAAAAAUGGAUAUUGGAGUUGGGUCAAGAAUUUUGGCUUCAGCCAGAACUUUCAGUGGUCUUGUUUCACCUUCACAUGCUCACAGUAUGAAUGUUAACUUGCUGAUGAUUGUGUGGAUGCAUUCUAGGUCAAUAUAUGAUCACUUUGAACUAACAUCUGUCACGGACAACUGUGUUGGCAAUCAGCUAAGUUUUUCUCUUAUAUAGGAAAAUAAUCUCGAUUAGUAUUCAGAAUGCUUUGAUUGGUUUGGUAACAACAUAAGUAAAUUUUAGUAAGAAAUAAAAGCUAGCCCAUUUGAGGAAAAGGCACUGCAUUCAAAAUUCAGGCUUAUUAGGAAACCAGUUCUGUGGAUAAUAGUUCUUGUUGACCUUAAUUCUUUUAUAUAAAAUCAUAAUCGCUACAUCUCAUGUAAUGUCUUUAAAGAAAUGAACAAGACAAACCCCUUUUUCUUCUGUAACCUUUAAAAAGAUAAUACAGUUUCAUUUCUUGAGGCAUAUUAUUUGUCUUGAAGUGCUAGGAGAACUGUGUUUUCAAUCAGAAUGCUAAUGCCAGGUACGUAGAUAAGGGUUCCUCAGAGCAGGAACUUAGAUGGGGCCAAACUUUCAAAGUCUGUAUAUACUUAUCUUCUUUUUCUGACUGCUAGGAAUUAACUUCAGAAGUGUUACUGUUCUGUAUACUCCUCUGAAUUUAAAUGCAGUUUUUAAAAAAUGAUGCUUUUUACUUCAUAGUUGCUCACAACUAUGCCUAACAAAGCCAACAGACUGCAGGGAAAAUAAUAGCAUGAAUACAAGAAUCCUAAAAAUAAAGUUGUUUGGUCUAAUUGUGCUCUUGAAAA